CCACGUACCAAAUAAUUGUUGGAUGAAAACCAAAAUGGAAGGUAAUAAAGAGGAUUGCUUUAAAUGUAUCCGGAUUGCUGAACGUUGUUUAGAGGCUGGUGACCUUGAGAAAGCUGUAAAGUUCCUAAAUAAAGCUGAACGACUGUAUCCAACUCAGAAAGCUAAAGAUUUACUGGAGCGUGCUGAAAAAGGUGGAUCAAAUCAACAAACAGGAGAAAAAAUGAAUGGCCCAAAACAAAGACGUGGAAGUGUAGGUCGGGAAAAAACAAGUGAAAGUGCUGAAGAAAAGAAAGAAAAAGAAUACACAGAUGAACAACUUGCUGUGGUGAAAAGAGUGAAAAAAUGUAAGGACUACUAUGAGAUCCUGGGCGUGGAAAAAGAUGCCACUGAAGCUGACCUGAAGAAAGCGUACAGGAAACUAGCCUUACAGAUGCAUCCAGACAAAAACAAGGCUCCUGGUGCCACCGAUGCUUUUAAAGCUGUGGGUAAUGCGUUUGCGGUGUUAAACGACUCUGAGAAGCGUAAGAAGUAUGAUCAGUUUGGUCCUGAGGAAGAAAGACGCACCAGUAGUGCUGGGGAGUACCAGUACAAUUACUCUCACGGAUUUGAAGGAGAUAUAUCACCCGAAGAACUGUUUAACAUGUUUUUCGGAGGUGGAGGCAAUGUUUAUCAACGCAGAUCACGUCACUCACAUACACACUCUACAAGGCAGCAUUUUCGAUAUGCUUCUACAGAGUCUUCUAACGAUGGUAGUGCUACACUGUUACUGCAGCUGGCUCCAAUACUUCUGUUGGUUGUUAUCUCCCUUCUCAGCAGCAUGUUUGUAUCCGAUCCUGUAUUCAGCCUUCAAAAAUCAGAUAAAUAUACAGCUCAGCGAAAAACACAAAACCUCAACAUACCGUAUUUUGUAAAGCAAGACUUUACAGCAAAUUUUGCUGGUGAUUUACGGAGAAUAGAGCGCCAAGUGGAGGAGGAAUUCGUAUCAAACUUACGGCAGAAUUGUUGGCGGGAAAGGAGUUAUAAAGAGAAUAUGUUAUGGAGAGCUAGGAACUAUGCCGAUGCCAAGUUAUAUGAGAGGGCUCAAAACAUGGAGACACCGUCAUGUGAUCAGUUACAGAAUCUGUACAGAUAGUGACCACUUAUUGAAACUCCACAGAAAGUUACGACUGGUUGACUCAUGCAACUUAUUUAUAAUCAGCCUUGCAGAACAUGCACAAUUUUAAGUCUCAUGCUGGCGGACCAGUAAACGAAUAAGAAACGUGGUAUGUUCAUUAGAACAAUGGUCUUUUAUGUUCAGACGUGAAGUAAUUGAAGUGAUUGACAACAGAGCCCAAAAAUAAAGGGACAAAGCAAGUGCAUGUAUGAUUGGUUUUGCAAGUUAUUUAAGAUACUAGUACUUGGAAAAUUUGGAAUAUUAGCGAGAAAAAAAGUAAAUCUGUUGUUAAAUAUGAUGGUUGGAUACACUUUGUUUUAAUAAUAAGUGUAACCUGCUGUUUCGACUUUUCAUAGAACUUUUUUUCAUCUUUUCAUCUUCUUACCGCAAAAGGUCCAUUAGGAUAUUACCACAAUCUAUCCUAUCAGCUGUAAGGUAACUGAUAUUGUUCAAAUUCAUCAAGUUAAUGAUAUUCUCUCAACAAAAAUGAUGAUCCCAACUUAACAUGUCGGUCUAGUAUAAGCAACAAUGCAGUGUGUUUUUUUUAUAUUGGUGAUCUAAAGGCAAUACAUGUAUUUGGGAUGAGCUCCAUUUUAGAGGCAAAAACAAGGUUUAUUAUGCUGACUAUAUUGUCAAUAGAAAAUGACUGUUUCAAUAUUAAAACUUGCUUGUAAACAGUUAAACUUGUUGACUAGAUGUUCCGAGCAAUAGUUACUUUGGAACUAAGUUGAUAAACGCUUGUAUUCAUUUGUAUGCCUGUUAAAUAAUAUUGGUUUUAAAGGGACUGUGUCUCUAAAGGGAUGAACAAAGCCUCAGGCGCAGGGGAAGGGUCUAGCCUUCAGAUAGAGGAAAGAAUGUUGUGUAAAACCAAAUUGUGAGAUGAUUUUGUAAGAUGUAACUAAAAGGCGAAUUCAGUUGAUGGGGGAAAUAUACUUUUGGCGGGAAAACUGUAUGAUGAAAUGUUUUAAAAAGAUGUAGUCUAUAUAUAGAUGCAGCUAUAAAAUAAACAGAAGCCUAUCUUAAUGUGUGCAGGCUGAAUUGAGAUUGUUUCAGUAAUGUUCAUAACCAAGUUUUAUAACAUUAAAAUAUUUUACCUGUUGAGUACAUAGGGUGGAAUAUAGCAGUCCCACUGUCUGCAGUUCGUGCGGCAUUCUGUUUUCCAGAGUUGUUUUACGCAAUGCUUUCAGAUAUUGCGCUGAUAUUUGGCGAGUCUACCUAUAUGCUCUACAUAUGAAUUGUGGGUUUAUUUUUCAGUCCUUUGAUUUUUGGCGAAGUAAUGGACCUUGGACUUAACAUUUUUUUCUAAAAUACAUGAAGCUGCUGUGCAGCUUCAAAGCUCAGUAGGGGGCAUUGUGUUUCACAAUAGUGGUCUUGUUUUUCCUUUUAUUGUAAUAAGAGUUUAAAAUGUAUGUGAUACACAUGUUUAUAGUAAUGUGAAAUCAGGAUAUUGUUAAGUAUAGUGUUGUACAAUUAAAUAUUCUUUGUUUAUUAUUUCAUAAAGGAGUCCUUUUCAAUUUAGCUUUUCAUAGUACACUUAGGGCUUAAUGCAUGGCAUACUGCAUCAUCCCUUUAGAAGAGACUUUUUAAACAAUAAUAAAAUGUUAGCAAAAAUGGUUGUCCCUGGUUAACCUUUGUUGACUUCACUGGCUAUUUGGGGUAGAUGCAUUCUUCACUGGCUACUUGGGAUAGAUGCAUUCUUCACUGGCUACUUGAGGUAGAUGCAUUCUUCACUGGCUACUUGAGGUAGAUGCAUUCUUCACUGGCUACUUGAGGUAGAUGCAUUCUUCACUGGCUACUUGAGGUAGAUGCAUUCUUCACUGGCUACUUGAGGUAGAUGCAUUAUUCAAUGGCUACUUGGAGUAGAUGCAUUCAGCCCAGUUUUUCUACAGCACAGCUAAAUUUUAGAUUUUGUUGAGAUAAUUGUGAACACACUGAAACUUCAUUCAAAAUAAUAUUUGUGCAAUCAAUUUAUUUUUUGUGGACAUUUUGUUGUUUUAGGCCAUUGUUACUUGUAACCUCAGUAUUGCCUGAUGAAUCAGUACCAUAUUCCUGCUAAAAGAUAAGUGAUAUGCAGGUCUGAUGUUGAUACUUUUCCAUUUAGUGUGAGACUAUGAGAAUAGUGUGCAUAAGGAGCAACACAACAUUUUCUAGUUGCAUCACCGCCAGUGUAAUGCAAACAUUAAUCUUAAAACGAUUAUUACUUUUCAAAAUCGUGUUUACAACUUGUUGAUGUUUACCAUAAUAUUUUUUUCCAUAACCUUUUGUUUUGUUUUAAAUAAUUGUUUUAUACAUGUAUUUUACAUAUCCUUUUUACUUCUUUUCUAUGUGAGUUAUUUACCUAAUGUUUUACAAAUCUGUUAAAAAUACACUUUAUUGAAGUAUAAUUUAAUAAAACAUACAAGCUUAUAAAAUAAACAUUCAUACAUGUUUGUUAUGGUUCUACUAGAUGAGUAUAAAUACCUGCUCUUAAACAAAAAUAAAAUUAUUUUCUGUUCAAAGUUUAUACGAGCUGGACUCUGCGAAAACUGAGCUUAAUGCAUGUACAUGAGGUAUUGUCUGAGAUAAGCCUUUGCAGUCCCCACAGGCUUAUCCUAUACUAGGCUUUCUGCCGGCUUGAUUUUCAUUUAGAUAAGAUUUCCUCCACAAUAAAAUUCUGUAAAAGCCGAAAGUGUCGUUCCUGAUUAGCCUGUGCAAUAUCUGUUUUGAUACUUUAGGCAUAUACGUUAACCUGGAUAUUCCAAAUCGCGGCUCUUAGGUUUGUUGUGUUUAACUUUAUCAACACCUUAAUAAUUUAAGAAAACAAAAUUGUUGUAAAUUUCACUUUUACAACCCUCCUGUUCUUGGCUGAUAUUUAUUACUAUUAUGCCUUUCAGUAUCUUAAUUUAAAUAUGUAAAUACAUGUUAUUUAUGAUGGCGAUAAUGUGUUGUUUUCACAUAAGAUCAACCAAAUAUAUAACAUAUUUUAGGAAACAAUUUAAGAAAGGAAUAUUAACAUUCCUCAUUUUGUAUAUAUUUGUUCUGUAUUUGGAGUUUAUAUAAUGCAAUUAUACUAUAUCUUUAUUGUAUGUGAGACAAAUAUGUUGUUGAUGUUUUCCAGUUUUCACCUGUCAAAUAGAAUUUUAAAAAAUGACUUAAGUUGUUUUUAUUUCAAUUUAACAAUUUAUAAAUACUUUAAGUAACACACUUGUAAAGGGAAUAUUACUGGUAGGUUAGUGUAGAAUAUGGGUCACUUUAUUUAGCAAGGCUAGGAAAACUUGAACCUUGUCAAAUCCAUUUUUCCUGCUGAGAUACCUACCCUUAAUGCUUUUAAUCAAUAGAUUAUUAUUUC